UCCACUCCACAGCAAAACUUGUGAUGUGGAUUUUGUCAAUGCAAAUGUGAUGAACUAUUUUGGGAAAUGAUUACCUUUCAGCUCCUAUAAUUUGAAUCGCUCGGGACUUCUGCCACCCGGCUUCUCUGCCUCAGCGACAAGCAAAGGAAAUGAGCUGACCUAACUAAGGAUGUGGAGCAUAGUCCGAGCAAUUCUACAGCUGUGCUCUUUCUUAUGGAGUUGUAUAAAUAAGCACUACAAAAAUGUUCAGGAAUUUCAAACAAUUCGUUACCAUGAUUUCCCGCUAACUCCGGCACUCCACUCGCGACUAGAGCUGGUGGUUCGUAAAACACUAGUUUUGGAUCUUGACGAGACGCUAAUACACUCACAUUUGGAUGGGCAACCCAUGAAAUACUCGCAGCCAGACUUCGUCAUCAGGGUUAUGAUCCAUAGGCACCCUGUCAGAUUCUUCGUUCAUAAACGUCCGCAUGUCGACUACUUCCUUGAGCAAGUUAGCAAAUGGUAUGAUGUGGUUGUGUUCACAGCCAGCCUUGAGGUGUACGGUACGGCUGUUGCUGACCGACUUGAUGCAGGCAGGAAUAUCCUUGGAAGACGCUACUAUCGGCAGCACUGUGUCUUUGAAACGGCAAGCUACACGAAAGAUUUGAAGACCAUCUGCUCCGACCUGGCUAAUGUGAUGAUCAUUGACAACUCGCCAUCUGUGUAUAAAGGAAAUCCUGACAAUGCCAUUCCCAUUCCGUCCUGGGUGAACGACUCGCGCGACACUGCUUUGUUAAGCCUCCUGCCGGUUCUAGACGCGCUCCGCUUCACAAGAGACGUGCGGUCAGUUCUGGGCAGGAAUCUGCAUCUUCACGGCAUGUUCUGAUUGUUGGGGCUACGCAGUGUUGCGCUUUCUGUGUGUGUGUGUGUGCGCGCGCGCGCGUGUGUGUGUGUGUGUGUUCUGGCCGCCUGUGUGUCGGUGUCGGUGUGUGUUUAUGUGUUAUAGUGGGUAUGUUGGAGUGUCAUCUCUCCUCCAUGUUGAUAUAGGUUUGUCAUCAGUUGAAGUAGAUUUUUGUCAGUGCCUUUGAGAGCGCGUUGACAGAAACUAUCGUUUUUAUGCGCUCAUUUGCUCCCCUCCAUUCACACUCGCACGUAUGUUGCUUCACGAGUGGCGGCUCAUCAUUAUCUUUCACGGCGGAUCUCUUUUCCGCUGCUGUUCUGGUUGUUUGUUCUCUUCACAAUGUACAAAGUCCAUCCUCUCACCAUGGCUGGCGGCCGGUGGGGUGCCAGCACAAGGCUAUCUUUUUUUGCCUUCUAUUCUCGCGUCGACGGUUAUCGAUCUUGUUUUCUAUCUCCCUCCAACCAUUAUCAUUAUAACCACUUGUGUGUUUGUCUACUCUAUUAUGACUGGAACUUAUCUACAUCAUUAGUAUGUCAGUGUGUUACUCUUCAAAUGGAUUUGCUUUGCUACUUCAAGUCCGAGUCC